AUGGAGGCAGAGGCCAAUGGAGACCCCAAUCAUCAUGUGAAGCUCCAGACUGUCUCGCAUCCAGAGUCCAGAGUUCUCCCAGAGAGUAUCUUUGGGCGGGGCUUAGUCUCUCGGGGGGCUGGGUUAACUCUAAUAGGGGUGGGGCCUCACUCUCGUCGUAAGCGGAGCUGGCAGUGGAACCAGUUCUUUGUCAUUGAGGAGUACAGAGGACCAGAGCCAGUGCUCAUCGGACGGCUGCACACAGAUAUGGACCGAGGUGAUGGGCGUACCAAGUACAUCUUAGAAGGAGAGGGGGUGGGGUCUGUCUUUGUCAUCGAUGGGAACACGGGCAACAUCCAUGUCACCAAGUCCCUGGACCGAGAAGAGAAGGACCAGUACCGCCUCAUCGCCACGGUAACCGACCGCCAGACGGGCCACGCCCUCGAACCCUCGUCCAUGUUCAUCAUCAGAGUGCAGGACAUCAAUGACAACCCACCUGUCUUCCAGAAUGAGCCAUACAGCACCACCGUGCCCGAGAUGGCCAAUAUAGGUACAUCCAUAAUCCAGGUGACAGCCACGGAUGCAGACGACCCUACGUAUGGUAACAGUGCCAGGCUGGUGUAUGCUGUGACCCAGGGCCAGCAGUAUUUCUCUGUGGAUCCUCAGACAGGUGUCCUGCGUACUGCUGUAACUGACAUGGACAGGGAGAGUCAGGACACCUAUCUGGUCGUCCUUGAGGCCAAAGACAUGGGGGGGCACCUGGGGGGGAUGUCAGGGACGACCACAGUCACUGUGAGGCUGAGUGACGUCAACGACAACCCCCCUCACUUCAGAAAGAGUGCCUGGUCAUUCUCUAUCUCUGAGCUGGCAGCACCAGGAGUGGAGGUGGGUCGCCUCUCGGCCACAGAUGCUGAUCUGGGAGAGAACGCCAUGCUGGAAUAUACCAUCCUGGACGGAGAGGAGGGGGACACAUUUAACAUCACCGGAAGAGACCAAGAGGCUGUCAUUGUGUUAAACAAGCUGCUCGACUAUGAGAGGUGCGGUUCCUACUCGUUCUCAGUGGAGGUUAUGAACCCCGUAGUGGACGCACGGUUCCUACGGAAGGGUCCCUUUAAGGACCGGGCGACCGUACGGGUCAUGGUCCUCAAUGCAGACGAGCCCCCCCGCUUCUCCCGGUCACGUUACCGUCUAGAUGUGCCUGAGAACUGUCCCCCUGUCUGCAGCGUGGGUCGGGUGUCUGCUGUGGACCCAGACACGGGACAAAGCUCCAACAUCAGGUACUCUAUUGACCCUCAGUCUGACCCUGAGGCUCUGUUCCGUAUUGCUUCUGACAGCGGCCUUAUCACCACGGUGAUGGAGUUGGACCGGGAGCGCGAGCAGUGGCAUAAUAUCACUGUCAUCGCCACACAGAGAGACAAUCCUAACCUUGUGACCAGAGUUGUGGUUGCCAUAGAGACGCUGGACCAGAAUGAUAAUGCACCAGAGUUGGACAGGCAGUACACAACGUCUGUGUGUGACUCCAGUACCCCUGGACAGGUUGUUCAGGUACUGCGGGCGGUGGAUAGGGACCAGGAAGGACAGGACGCCACAGUCCACUUCAGCAUCCCUCCAGAGUCCAGUUCUGCUCUAAACCUCACCAUCAGGGAGAGUGGAGGUGCCCUCGAGCAAUAUUCAACCUCCAUGUCAAAUUGUCACCCUCCUCAGCCCUCUGCCUAAUGCAUGUCAAAUCCGAAAUUCUGCAACGGGAUCAUUUUUUUGACAUGCUUGAUGACAGUGUGCCUACAUCUCAUAGUAUAUAAGCCUGUCGAACUUCUAAUAUUAAUUUUAGGACUGACAUAGUGCAACUGGAGAAUGACAUUCCUGUACCAGUGACCUGACGACUGGCUUGUGUUUCUGGUGUUACUGUCUUAUUUAACCCCAGGUGCCACAGCGAGACUGGUGCUCCAGUCGGCCCUGCAGCCCCUCGCUGGCUUCUCCUCCUCCCUCCUCACCCUGUACGUGCCCAUCGUGCUGCGGGAUGGGGCGUCCGGCCUCACCAACACCGGGACGGUCACCGUGACCGUGUGUCCAUGUCUGAGAGGAGGCAUGCAGGCCGAGGAG